CUAUAUUUUUACUCAUUUAAUUUCAUAUGUUCAAGCUUCACUGUGCUGAAGUUGUUGAUAAACCACAGGAUCGCAUAAAUUUUCCUGAUUUUUUAACCCAUUUGAUCUCACAGACUGUCUUAUGUGCGGCCCUUUCUAUUGCACGAAGCAAGCUUUGUAGGGUCAGUGUAUCUGGUUCUUGAGUUCUUGAAUAUGCUUCCGUGGGGAGGACUGAGCUGCUGCUUGAGUGCAGCUGCAUUUUAUCUACUUGGGAGGAACAGCGGAAGGGAUGCGGAAAGUCUUAAAUCGGUUACUCGGCUAAACCAAUUGAAGGAUUUAGCACAGCUCCUGGAUACUGCAUGCAAAGUUUUACCAUUGGUUGUUACGGUUUCUGGACGAGUUAGCUCAGAGACACCAAUCAAUUGCGAAUAUAGCGGUUUGAGGGGUGUAAUAGUGGAGGAAACGGCAGAGCAACAUUUUUUGAAGCACAAUGAUGCAGGUUCUUGGAUACAAGACUCUGCAUUGAUGCUAUCUAUGAGCAAAGAGGUUCCUUGGUACUUGGAUGAUGGAACUGGUCGUGUUUAUGUUGUGGGAGCUCGAGGUGCUACAGGCUUGGUUUUAACUGUUGCCAGUGAAGUCUUUGAGGAGUCUGGGCGAUCUCUUGUUCGUGGAACAUUGGACUAUCUCCAAGGUCUUAAGAUGCUUGGGGUCAAGCGGAUUGAAAGAGUUCUUCCCACUGGUACUUCCUUGACUGUUGUUGGCGAGGCUAUUAAAGAUGAUGUGGGAACGAUUCGGAUUCAGCGACCCCAUAAAGGACCAUUCUUUGUGACGCCCAAAAGUAUUGAUCAGCUCAUUGCAAAUCUUGGGAAAUGGUCAAGGUGGUACAAAUAUGCCUCUUUGGGGUUCACAGUUUGUGGUGUUUAUCUGAUUGCAAAGCAUGCUAUCCAACAUAUCAUGGAAAGGAGGCGUCGCUGGGAUUUGCAGAAAAGGGUUCUUGCUGCUGCUGCACAAAGAUUGGGGCAGGAGAAUGAAGGAUCAAAUGGAAAGGCUGAAAAUGGAUCAGAUAAUGCAAAGAGGGAUCAUUUAAUGCCAGAUCUAUGUGUGAUAUGUCUGGAGCAGGAGUACAAUUCUGUUUUUGUUCCGUGUGGUCAUAUGUGCUGCUGUACAUUGUGCUCUUCUCACUUGACCAACUGUCCACUCUGUCGGCGACGAAUUGAACAGGUAGUAAAGACUUUCCGCCAUUGAUACUAAAUUCUUGGCAAUUCACAGCUGCUUCAGUAGGGCAAAGCACAUGAGGGUCGGAAUUUAGUAUUUUCACUUUGAUGGUAAGAAUCCGACUGCCAGAAUUCCUCUAGAGCACUUCCUUUUGGGCAUUAGAAUCUCAUAGAAUGGAAACUUCACCGACAUGAGCUGCCUUUUUGACAAAUCAUAUGUUGAUUUUUUUUUUCAAUAUUCCUGAUAAAGGGUUGAGCUUCCUGCUGCAAAUUUCUUCUCGAAUUGGAAUUGCUGUAGAGCUUGGUAUCUUUUGUAAAUAAAAACCAAAGUAUUGUAAUGUCUUUUUUUUUUUAAAAAAAUUUGAUAACUGAGAAUUUUCAUUAGUGAAAAUGAUAGCCGGUGCUAUUUU